AUGUCGUCCUCCAGUACAUCGACCCCACGAUCACAAGCUUCAACGCACUGCAGUGACGAUGCAUACAGCAAAGAGCGAACACCGACCACCCCGCUGGGAAUCGCUCGCACCGUUUCCGGUAUUUCGAACGCUUCAACAUCCACAUCCGGGGGACCGAGCUCUGUUCAAUGGCUUCCAGCUGCCGGAGAGGCCGUCACCGGAGACGUAGAAGGCAAGACUGGUCGAGGACGGCUGGCCUCUGCUGACCAAGAGGCUGAGCGCGAGCUCUCGUCAUUGUAUGUGACAGCCGAGCGGGCAGCACUUGACCACCGAGCUUUGGCUACCGAUGAGGAAGAGCAGGAGGAGGAGGGGGACGAUGCCGACGAUGCGGAGGCUCCACGUCAAGGAUGGGGAGGGGCGCUGGUGAACGGCGCCGUCAACGCGGCCGUGUUCAGUGCGGCAGUAGGACUCACGGCAUACCGCCUGUGGUCUGGCGGCUGGGGAGCGGACAAGGAGGGGACCGUCGGCGAGAACGACGCAGAUCUCCCGCCAGCAUACGACACCGUAACCCAGCUGAGUCCAACGACGCCGCGAGCGAACCGUGGCGAGCUGCACGGCCGUGCAAGCCCCCAUGCGAGCAGUCACAGUUUCCGCUCCUCCCCGCCAAGUACUGUGGGUACUGCGUCGUCUCCGUCAUUGAGAAGGGCCCGUAAGAAACGCACCCAGCGGCCAAGCAUAGCGGCGCUUAUCGCAGUGGCGGGCCGCGCUCAACAUCCGCAACAAGGUGCAGCUCCGCCAUCGCCCGUGGCAUCUGUCAAGACGAUUGUCGCCCCUGUUUCCGAAGUCGUUGCUGAGAGACAAGAACCAGAAGCAGAAGCAGACCAAGGGCCAGCACAGGUCGUGUCUGCAGAGACAGACUCGGAGUCUGACGGCGAGAUGAACGCUCGUUUGGACGAGAUGUCGCGGCGACUGCAAGGACUCGUUACCGAAGCCCAACGUGCACUCUCUGCCAAGCCCAGCGUGUCAAGAUCGCCGUCGCCCGAACAGCCCUUCUCAUGGACGUUUACUGGCGACGACGGAAGCGUCCAGGCCGAUGCCCUCAGUGAGGGUGCGCCAAAGGAGCGAACGUUGGAACCGAUUGGGGACGAGGUCGACAGCGUCGCUAGCCUGCGGCCCGAAUCGAGUAUGUCUGGUGCAAGCAGCACUGGCACAGCUGGUACCUUUGGCAGCCGUGUUAGUCUGCCUACAACCUUUGCAGGUAUCGCUUCUCCAACGUUUGGCACCUUUGGCCUCGACUCAACCACUCCUCCCACCGACGAGCCUAGCUCAGCCGCGUCUACCCCACGCAAAGCCGAGUCAACCCGCCGCUCAGCGACGUCCACGAUCCCCGUCCCCGUUCGUGGGCGAGCUCCGACUCCGUUUCAGGUGCCUCCGGGACAAAGUGUCCCCGGUGCCAGGGGCCCGCCUCCACGAGCCCGCACAAACUCGACGGCGUCGCAGACUUCACAACGGAGUACCACGAGCAGUACCACACCCUCGGGCAGCUACCGCGGCCUCCCGCCCCUGCCAUGGCGGCGUGAUCCCAGCGGCGAGGUCAAGUGGGUCCAACGGCCACUCUCGCCAGCAGCCAAGGCCGAGCAGGCAUUGAAAGACGCCGAGGCAGCACGCAUCUCGGCAUCCUCAACGCCGGCUCCACUCUUCACAUCCUCCAUCCCCACAGCCAAGGGUUCGCCACAGAAACAGCUCAAACCCAAACCACCCUUGCGGGUCACGACGCCGCCUCUCCGCACACCGAUGGCGGUCCUCUCCCCACCGCCCAGGACUCCCACUACACCCAACAGCCCGCGCACGACGCCAGGUACACCACGUACACCGGGCGCGGGAGGCAGCAAUCCCAGCAGCAUGAACGGCACAGCUAGCUCCACGCCGAACCGCUCGCGAAUCCCGCGCUUCACUGCUGGUCACUCACGCGCGUCGUCGCUGGCCAACGGUGUCGACCUCGCCAAUGGACUCCACGGGCGCGACUCACCGCGCAGCCCUGGACCCGCGACCCCGGGCUCUGGUUCGACAAGUGUCGGGCGGGCAAUGGGCCAUCGCCGCCCCGCGUCCGUCUCGGCGUCUACGUCUGCGUCUACGUCCGGUCGCCCCCAGACACCCGUGUCGGUUGGGCGGGCGUCGGCUGGCGCACUGGCGGCGAGGAUGGCGGCGUGGAGCGCCAAAGAGGCGUUGGACGAGGAGCAGCAGCAAGUGUGGGUCGCCCCAGAGCCGGUACGAGUGGGAGUGUGA